UGUGUACCCAAGUCUUCCAAUCAAUACAGGCAUUACAUUAAAACGGCCGUGAAUCGUACUGCACGGCCAUUCCCGUAGGUCGGAGAGGAGCCGCCGCGAAUAGCAACUGGAAGUCCAGAAGGACCAAAUGGGCGGCGGAGCAGCAGCGGCGACGCCAAAACCUAACCCUAAUCCUAAGCUCUUAUCCCUAAACCCUAAUUGGGCACAGCUCCAACAAAGGCUCCAAGCCGGCCGCCCCAAUAAACCCUCCCCUGCGAUCGACGCCGAUGCCAAAACCCUAACGGAAUCCGUGCUAGGAAAGCGCAAGGAGCGCCCGGUCUCGGAGCCUGAGGCCUCUCCGCCGUACGCCCUGACGCCGACUUCCUCCGAUAUGAGCUUGACAAAUGUGCUGGCCAUGGACUGCGAGAUGGUAGGGGUGAGCUCUCAGGGGAGCAAGAACGCUCUUGGAAGGGUCACACUGGUGAACUCAUGGGGGAAUGUUGUAUAUGAUGAGUAUGUUCGCCCAGUAGAGCAUAUUGUUGACUUCCGUACAAAAAUCAGUGGGAUCCGGCCAAAAAACAUGAAGAAAGCAAAGGAGUUUUGGGCUGUUCAGAAGGAAGUGGCUGAGUUGAUCAAAGGAAGGAUCCUUGUAGGUCAUGCUUUGCACAAUGAUCUCAAGGUAUUAUUAUUAGGUCAUCCAAAGAGGGACAUGAGGGACACCUCAGAUUAUGAGCCCUUCCUAAGGGAAGGGCGGAGGAGAGCUUUAAAGGAUCUUGCAGCUCAAAUUCUUGGUGUCAAGAUCCAACAAAACGAACACUGUCCAGUUGAGGAUGCCCGAGCUGCAAUGUUUAUAUACAACAGAUACAAAAAGGAAUGGGAAAAGUGCAUAAAGAAAAGGUUCAAGUUGAAAGAGAAGCUCAAGAACAGGCGCAAGAAGAAAUCUGAAGCAGCCUCAAAACCAGAUGCUCCAAACGAUCUUUCAUAGCGAUGGAAAAUGAUUUUCCGGUAGUUGGAGGACUAAAGGACAUGGUAGAGCUGGCAUGGGUGCUGAGAUGUAUGUUCAGAGUACCAGCAUUUCACUUUUCUCUUAGAUUUUUGCGCUGGUAUAAUCCUAAACCCAUGUUUUUGUAUCUUGAUUGUGUCCGGCUCCACCCGUUGAAAAGAAGAAUGAGAUGUUUUAGCUCCUGCUGCAUGACUGCUGGAACUUAAUGUGUACGUUAAUGCUUUCCUACUGUUCUAUACUAAUUUUGUAUUUUUUUUAAUUAAAAAAAACAGCAGCGGUGUAUCUUUUCUUUUGAUAUGAUCAACAACAUUACACCGUAAUCCUUAUUAUUUGAUGCUUUAUUAUAACGUUUU